AUGAAGUUGAAAAAUGACCGUCUAUGGAUACCUCGUAAACGCCACAAGAAGCAGCAGAAGAAAUCCUCCUUCUCUAGUCUCUUCACUUUGUUCAAGGGACUCGGUUCGCGGGGCCGGGCCAGAGACGAGGCCAGGGACGAGUACGUGAAGGCUUACAAGGUUUACCCGAGCGACGAGGAUAGAGGCCGCUGGGUGGCCGAGCCCGGGAUUGAUAAAAAGGCAUCCGCUUAUAUUUCGCUCACUACCGAUAAAUGGGAAAAGCUAGCAGUUGCUAAUUAA